GGAGCUCUUGGCCCCUGAACAACUGGUUUCCUCUCGGAGACUGGGAGGAGCAGCAGCCGGGCCGGCAGGGAGCGCACCGGGACAAGCGGGGCCGCCAGGGUCAGGGGGGCGCCUGGCUGUGGAGAAGCGCAGGGGCGGGAGCGCAGGAAGAAGCCGGCGUGGGGACAUCCAGCAGCCGAGGAGCGGGCGAAGGACUACCCAGAGGACGCGACCGUCGGGUUCCCGGUGCCGGCGCCAUGAGUCCGUUCUUCGCCCUGUUGCUGCUCCUGGGCCUGGCGGCAGGCUCGCCCCCGUUGGACGACAACAAGAUUCCCAGCCUAUGUCCGGGACACCCCGGCCUUCCAGGCACGCCGGGCCAUCACGGCAACCAGGGUCUGCCUGGGCGCGACGGCCGCGAUGGCCGCGACGGUGCGCCCGGACCUCCUGGCGAGAAAGGCGACGGCGGGAGGCCGGGACUGCCAGGGCCGCGCGGGGAGCCCGGGGCCCGGGGAGAGAUGGGCCCCCCUGGACCCACCGGGCCUGCAGGCGAAUGCGCGGUGCCCCCACGCUCUGCCUUCAGUGCCAAGCGCUCAGAGAGCCGGGUGCCUCCGCCCUCUGACGCACCCCUGCCCUUCGAUCGUGUGCUGCUGAAUGAACAGGGCCAUUACGAUGCAGUCACGGGCAAGUUCACCUGCCAGGUGCCAGGGGUGUACUACUUUGCCGUCCAUGCCACCGUCUACCGGGCCAGCCUGCAGUUCGAUUUGGUCAAGAAUGGCGAAUCCAUUGCCUCUUUCUUUCAGUUUUUUGGGGGAUGGCCCAAGCCAGCCUCGCUCUCAGGAGGUGCCAUGGUGAGGUUGGAGCCCGAGGACCAGGUGUGGGUGCAGGUGGGUGUGGGUGAUUACAUUGGCAUCUAUGCCAGCAUCAAGACAGACAGCACUUUCUCUGGAUUUCUGGUCUACUCGGAUUGGCACAACUCCCCAGUCUUUGCUUAGUGCCGGCAGCGAAGUGAGUCAUACCACUCCCUGAGGAGGAAGAGGAGGGUGUGACACUGACAGCCACAUCAUCCGGGAGGGCUGGCCCCUCUGUAACCGACGUCCUGCUGUGGACAAGGAAUGGGGAACCGAGGCUGGCAACAUGGGGCAGCAGCUGGACUUCUGCCCAAGAACACAGGAGUGGGUUUUGUGCUGCCAAGUCUAGGUGGGUCCCCCGGUUGCUCGGACCCAGGGUCCUAAAGGUAGGGUGCAGUCAUUCUGGUCUUCUACUUCUCUGAGCUCUCCCUCAUCCCUCCUGCUCCCUGGCCAGCCCUGUUUCUCAGAGACCACUCAAUAAAUCUAAAAAACCUCC